CGACACAAUUAGCGUUUUAGUGUUCAACUUGAAGGUUUUUGGUGUUUUUUUUCCGUAACAGAAUCUGAUUUUUACAAGAAAAAAGACUAAGACUAAAGCUGUAAUAUCACGUUGCAUUUUCACGAGAAUAAGUCGUUCUCACAUGUGGGGAAAAACAAUUGUUGUGUUUUUACAAGUAAAAUACUAAAAGAAUAUUGUUAUUUUUACCAGAAAAAAAAAUAAGAACUUAAUUGUAGUGAGAAUAAAGUUCUGGACUCACGGAGAACCCUCGCUCAAGGAAAUAAGUGAUCCACGUACUCACUUUAUCUUGAUUGUGUUUGUUUUCAGCGCAGGAUGAGCUACCAGCAUAAGCCAUUUAAAUAAGUACAAAUCAAUAAUCAAUUGUGUUAAAGAUUGCCGGUAGACGAGGAGAGUGGAGGAGAGGAGGGGGAGGCGGCGAGACACACCGAGCAUCACUCGGAUGCGAGAAGAAGCGGGGGAGGGAGCGCCGGUGCCACGCACACAUCACACUGCAUGUGUUGCCUUUCAGUGCGCACGGAUUUUACCCGGAGUUAUUAUUAUUGUUGUUAUUAUUAUGACGCCAGGAUGGAUUGGCUCAACGGCACCGGACUGGACGCGGUCAUCCAGCAGAACUCGUCCCACGGCUACUCACCGGCGGCCCUCGCCAGCAUCGCCGCCCUCGUGAGUUUCCUCAUCUUGUUCACGGUGGUCGGCAACGUGCUGGUGGUGAUCGCCGUGCUGACGAGCCGCGCGCUGAAAGCUCCCCAGAACCUUUUCCUGGUCUCCCUGGCCACGGCCGACGUCCUGGUGGCCACUCUGGUGAUGCCCUUCAGUCUCGCCAAUGAACUCAUGGGCUACUGGUAUUUUGGCAAAGUUUGGUGCGGCAUUUAUUUGGCGCUGGACGUCCUUUUCUGCACGUCCUCCAUCGUGCACCUGUGCGCCAUUAGCCUGGAUCGCUACUGGUCCGUCACACAAGCGGUCGAGUAUAAUUUAAAGCGGACUCCCAAGCGGGUUAAGUGCAUCAUUUUCAUUGUGUGGCUCAUAUCUGCCUUGAUUUCCUCCCCGCCGUUGUUGUCAAUGGAGAGAAACAAGGAGAGAAGCACUCAGCCCCAGUGUGAGCUCAACGACGACAGUUGGUACAUUGUCUCCUCCAGUGUAGCGUCCUUCUUCGCCCCCUGCCUCAUCAUGAUCCUGGUCUACGUCAGGAUUUACCAAGUAGCCAAAAACAGAACCAGGAGCAUGUCGGAGAAGAGGCGGGCGGACGGCGGCGCCGUUAAAACCGAGAACGGGCACUGCCAGUGUCCGCCCACCCCCAGCCACCGGACGGCCACGCAGGGGCAACACACGGAGGAAGCCGACCUGGAAGAGAGCUCCUCGUCGGAGGGGAAAGGCGGUGGGAAGCAGCAAGACUCCCCUCAGGGGAACCCAAAGAGGACCUCCUUCUCCAAACAGGCCAAGAAGAUCUCCAGAGUCAGCAACAAAUCCAUAGACCUUUUCGCCUCAAGGAGCAAACGGAGGAGCUCCAUCGCCCUGAAAAAGGUCUCCCAAGCCCGAGAGAAGAGGUUCACAUUCGUCCUUGCAGUGGUGAUGGGGGUGUUCGUCGUGUGCUGGUUCCCGUUCUUCUUCAGCUACAGUCUUUACGGCAUGUGCGGGGACUCCUGCAAGAUCCCGGACCCCCUCUUUAAGUUCUUCUUCUGGAUCGGGUACUGCAACAGCUCACUCAACCCGGCUAUCUACACCAUCUUUAACCGUGACUUCAGACGGGCCUUCCAAAGGAUCCUGUGCAAGUCGUGGAAAAAGUCCUGCUAGGGGGCCAACCUGAAAUCUCAGAAGCUUUCUGUUUCAAAUCCUGGUUUAAAUUAUUUCCAGACCCCCUGUUCAAGUUCUGCAUCUCAACCCAGCCAUCUACACCAUCUUCAACCGCAACUUCAGGCAGGGCCUUCCAGAGAAUCCUGUGCAGGUUUUUGAAAUGUCCUUUUAGGGUGGCAACCUAAAAUCGGGUUUCAGGUUCAAGUCACGGUUACUGUUCUUCUUCAGUAACAAACUGUACGGCAAGCGCAGGGACUUCUGUGAGAUUGUAGUCCACCUAGUCAACCUAGUCUUCAACCACGAUUUCAGGCGGCCCUUUCAGAUCAUCCAGUACAAGUCACUGAAAAUAUCUCAGAAGGUUGCUUGCUUGUUUCAAGUACUGGUUCUCUUGUGGUUUUCCUGCAAGUAGGCUUCAAACUGUCGGGAUUACUGUCCUUGAUUGAUGACAUUGAAAAUGACUAAAGAAUCUCUUUCAAUGUUUUGAACUCCUGCUUCCAUGCCAGUGUUGGCCUGAGCAAAAAAGUUGCCGUAACGUCGGUCCGCGUGAAUGCAGCUCAACUUCCGAUACAUUUGACGCUAUGUUGUCCUUUUUGUUUAGACGGCAAACUUGAUGAAUCAACAGCGCCUCUGCUGGUCGCAGCCAAGUAGUGUGUCCUAUUUUGCCUCAGUUGCUUCAGAUGCGAUAAUCAAUGAAAUGUUGGGGUUAUGUCCAUUUCUAAUUCCUUCUCUGAGUGGACUUAAUUGGAUUAAAAUCAUUUCCAAAUGUGGGACUUCUACUAUGCACUACGUGUAAAGUUUUUAUAGCUUUAAAUCCAAAAGUAACCUCACUCCAGAACACACCGAAUUCCUCAUGUCAUCUAGGAAGUCAUGCCUAUGCUGGUGGCAGUCUCAAGAGGGUGUACAGAUAUAUUCAACAAUGGAGGUUGAACAUUGUAGAAUAAAUUCAACCUUCACCCCAAAAAUAUUCAUGAAAAUCACAGCAGCAUUAAUAAAGUCCUGUUUUACUUUCAGGGCAAAAAAAGUCCAUUAAAAAACUGCAAUAUUACAAGAAUAAAGUUGAGUCCACCUUCAACGUCAGGUUGUAGUUUUCCAAUUCCAAAAUUUGGUGAGCUUUUUUGUUUCGGAAGCAAGUACAUAUUUGGGAGUAAAAUCAAUUCAGAUUUUUCAAGGAAUUGCAAAUUUGCCUUUUCGCUGAUUUUUGCUCUGGCACCGUCCGGUGGCAACUUUGUGGGAUUUUCGCUAUUCGCUGCACAGCUCGGUCCUGACUUCCGCGAAUAGUUUUGGUGAAUAAUUUCAACGAGAGAUGAUCUGUGUUACAAUUCUAACAAGAACCGUCUCAUUUCUCUAACGUGUCAGCCUAGGGCAAAAUGCUGGCGAUAUUUUUAAACGUAAAAAAAAAAAAAAAGAAAGACCUUUUGGGAAUAAACUGUCAGUCGCUGAACAAUGCCGGCGUCUCUUUCCCAUUACGUACCUCUGUCAAGCUUUUGUUACGCCCGUCAUAAAUGGAACUCACAUACCGCUGCCUCGUGAGCUCGGCUUUCCGUGGACGCAGUGUGUUUCAUUACAGUGAGUACGGCCGAAUGUCCCUGAAUGUGACAUCUGUAUUGAGUCCUUCACGAUGAAUGAAAUUGACGCAGACCUUGGCAGUCUUGUGGUCUUAGGUUUCAAGUUAGAAGAUCACAAAAUAUUUUUUCAUCAGUUGUGAGCAUUGUCGAGCAAGGAAUCGGGAAGUUGCGGAGGUUAAAACUCGUGGCCCGAAAUUGUCAAGAAUCCCCGAUUUUUCAAGAUUUUGAAGAAUGGAAUGUAAAUGAUGGUCUGUUGUGUCCAUUUUUUUAUUCCAUCUUAUUAAACAUUCACCUUAUAUGACCUGUGAGGGCUUCGAGUCAUGAUUGCACCUGGUGUUAUAUAAUCUAAAACAAACAUUUUGCAAGAAAUUGGACAUCAAAUUAAGCCCAAGAAAGUCUCCUGAAGUCAAACCCAAUCGGUUGCAUAAGGCUAGUGGUUCUCUAAUUUGUCAUUUUUAUUUGUGGAAAAUUUUUUGAAAACUGGUUUAUAAAACCAUUUACUACAGCUGCAACAUUUGCUUGCAAAAACAAAACAAUAACGACAUUUUAGUUGUUAACGUUAGCUGAUAGCAAGGGCAGACUUCGUCUUUACCAUUUUAUUAAAUAUAACUGCAUCUACACUUUUAUUUGUCAUCAUGUUAAUUACCUUAAAGCCAGAACAGGAUGGAGAAUCCAGUUUCAUUUCUUUUUUUUCCACACUUACUUUGUUCUGCUCUUAUAAAUGGCAAUAUGCAUGCUAAAUAAAGACAACGCCUCUUGAAACAUGUUGUCAUAAUGCAGGAACAUUCAUUUGCAUAAUGAGCGUUGUCCCUAAAGAGGACGAACCUUGUCUUCAGUCUGUCUUUCUGUUUUGUUUUUCAUAAUUUUGUUUUUUUUUUUUUUUUUUUUUUUUUAUGUAUAGCAGUGUGGAAAUACAUAAAAUGCAUGCACACUGACCUCAAGUGGUCUGGAUGAAAAGUGCACGCCCCUGGUCACUUCAUUAGGUACACCU